AACAGCUCCCAGCCCCACUGGUCAAACCACAUGCUGGGUGGAGGAAGGGGAGGCAGAGGGCCGUUCCCACUCUGGUCUCAUCAGUGCCGCUCCGCGUGGCGGCUAAUAGUCUGUGGAGCCAAGCAGCAGGACUCUACUACCGCACGAGCUGCCGACAUUCACUAGAGAUGAGGGUGCCCACCUUCACCGUCAUACUGAUGGCAUCUCUUGGUGUCAUGUCUUGGGGAAAGAAGCUACGAUGGUGCACAGUGUCAGACCAGGAGCAGAGGAAGUGUGCAGAGCUGGCCAAGGCGCUUGUGGCGGUCUUACCGAUAGAGGCUAUCAAUAGCUUCGGCAGGCUCUCCUGUAUUAAGGCCUACAGCACGACCGACUGCAUCAACAAAAUCAGGGCGAAUAAGGCCGAUGCAGUGUCACUGGACGCCGGAGAGGUGUACUCUGCCAUCAAACAGUUUGACCUGAUUGCUGUGGCCAAAGAGAUGCAUAAAGAUGGGAGCUGUGUGUUUGCGGUGGCCAUUGUUCGAAAUCAGAGUCUGGACAUUCACUCCCUGCAACAUACCAGGAGUUGCCACAGUGGAGCCCGCUGGACCGCAGGGUGGAAUCUUCCUAUGGGCUUCUUGCUGUCCCGGAAUAUGCUGCGCUGGCAUGAGAACCAGACCCUGAAUGAAGCCAUCAGCACUUUCUUCAGUAAGAGUUGCAUCCCAGGGGCCAACGGCAUGGCUCACUCAUUAUGUUCCUUGUGCCAGGGCCACAAGUCGUACAUCCGUGACCAGAACUACUUCUGCGAGACUACAGACAAUGAACCCUUCUUCGACUCCGAGGGAGCAAUCAGAUGUCUUCAAGGUGGCUGGGCUGACGUUGCCUUUCUGGACCACACGGCCAUACUCAAAAUGGAGAAUUCAGAGAAAGAACAUUAUCGGCUUCUGUGCCCAGACGGCUCCAAGGCCCAACUCGAUGACUACAGAAAGUGCAAUCUGGGCCAGGGCCCUGGUAACGCUGUUGUGACGCGACACAACUACCGGCGACUGGCACGCAAGUUCCUCAGCGUUGUGCAGAAGCAGUUUGGCCCCAAAGGAAAAGAAUCCUCUCGUUUCCACCUGUUCAACUCCAGCUUUUUUGAUGGCAAUAAUCUCAUGUUUCGUGACUCGACUGACAGGUUAGCCAUUCUCUCCGAUAACACAGACAUCAACCAAAUCCUUGGCCUGGAUUACGUGUCCCUCCUCAAAGGCCUUGGUCAUGAAGGCAGUUCCAUGGACAACAGCGUGAUUCGGUGGUGUUGUAUUAGCUCAGCGGAGCAAAAAAAGUGUGAGGACUGGGCGCUGAAUAUUAAAUCGGACCCCCUGGUGUGUGUCAGGGCGUCAUCAAUGAGAGGCUGCAUUGAAAUGAUCAAGAGGGAUGAGGCUGAUGCAGCAUCUCUUGACGGCACGCACACCUACAUGGCUGGACAGUGUGGUCUGGUUCCGGUGGCAGUAGAGUACUAUGGAGACGACUGUAUUCCCUCCAUUGAUGAAGAAUGGCAGAAGAUGCACCACUCUGGAGAAGUUUUGCCCCCCGUCUAUGCAGUUGCUGUGGUGAAGACCUCAAGCAGGAAUAUGCACAUUGGAACUCUUGCUAGGAGGCGGUCCUGUCACGGUCAGAUCUACAGCCCAGCUGGCUGGCUGCUGCCCGUCAAUCAUACGGUCCGGGCCAAUCCCAACAAGACGUAUGAAUGUGACAUCAAUGCAGCAUACAGAACAUUUUUUUGGAAAGGCUGCAUGCCGGGUGCAAAGGCCAACCUCUGCAAAGUUUGUGUUGGAGGAACAGAAGAUGAGGGACCAAAAUCAUCCCAUCAGAGAUGUGCAGCUAACCACAAUGAAUUCUUCUAUGGCAACAUGGGAUCCCUGAGGUGCCUCGUUGGAGAUUCCAGUGGAAAAAGCUUUGGUGAUGUGGCUUUUAUGGAGCACCAUAACCUACUGGAGAACAUCAAGAGUCUGGAGUUUAGCGGCUGGUCAAGAGGCUGGAUCCUCUCUGAUUUUGAGUUGCUGUGUCCUGAUGGGCGGCGCGCUUCUUUGUCUGAGUGGAAGAACUGUCACCUUGGACCUGUGCCCCCCAAUAUUGUUAUGACAAGGCCCGUCAUCACUACAAAAAUCUACGACUUCCUCCUGAAAUCUCAGGAAACUUUGGAAGCACAUCCUGAGUCGGAUUUCCAGUUGUUUCAAUCCCACAAUUAUGGAGAAAGUGACUUGCUCUUUAAAGACCAGACAGAAUGUCUCGUACACACAGGGCACCUAAGUUACCGCUCCUUAAUAGGGGAGGAUUUUUUUCAGUUAGUCGAAGCAGCAUUUAAAUGCACAGAGUCUGAUAUCCUACCUUUCUGCAAACAAGAUGUCUGUAACAUAUUCUGAAGUCCUGGGGCUGGAUGCCAAGAAACGCAGCAGGAAGCGCGUCUUAAAAGCGUUGGCUGUGUUUUUAUACUGAAUAUACAAUACAAACUGAAUUAAACAUGAAACAUUCAGCAAUAUUCCAUUUUUUAUCGAGGCUGCACAUAAAAGACUGGUAACAGAUUAACAUUAGCCAUUUAUCUAAUCCACUCUUUGUUUUAACCCACUGUAAGUGUUAAAUGUAGAUGAUAUUUUCCUUUGAAGUAUGUAAUGCCCAGUAAAAACGUUUUAUUGGGACAUUCAUGCAGAAA